UAUCAGAUUGAGGAUCCGGCUCCAUGCAAAGCCUUGCCGCCCGACGCUCGUUUCUAGCUAGAGGGUGGAGACGGGUGGUGAAGGCGGGGGAGGGGCGAGGUGCGUGCGCGCAGCCUGCGCAACUCGGCUCACGGCACUCACCCAGUCCCAAUACGAAUAGCGCGCUGUUCGUACAACUGACGUGCGUCGUUACUGAAUUCCGUUCGUGUCCAUUAAAAUCCACUCUAAACUAGGAGUGUAGGUGCAGUGUGGUGAUGGUGUGUUUAUAGUUAUACAACUGGAUUGUGUAUACCUACAAAGUACCCGUCGGUGGUCCGUGGAAUUUCCACUGAACUUUAGGCGUUCGUCUGGCGAGGAAGGCGAUCGUUUACUCCGGGAGGAAUGAGCCCCGUGAACCACUGCUUCCAUACUCACCGAUGAUCUCAAGAGACAAUGUACAAAGAAACCUUACCUCUUGUGGUAUGGACGCUCUUAGUCAUAACAACAAAUGUAGCGACGCAAAGCCAGUACGGAAUAGGAUUAGGAAUAAAACGAGAAGUGUUUUUCUUAAAUUUAGAAGACGGCUACUUUGGCUGUCAAGUUAACGAAUCGACUCAAAUAUUACAAUUAUACGAAUUAUCAAAAUUAUGCGAUGGCGUACCCGACUGCUAUAAGGCAUCUGAUGAGCUUAGAACCGAAUUAAAGUGUUCAGAUGACUGUACCAAAGAAGAUGGGGCGCAGUGUAUAAAUGGUGCUUGUCUAAAUGGUGUUUGCUAUUGUAAUGAUGGGUUCGGAGGCUGCAAUUGUCAGGAACAAGAUGUCAACGAAUGUAAGGACCGGCCUUGUGAUGUGUUCGCACAUUGCACGAACACAGUCGGAAGCUUUCAGUGCUCUUGUUUCCCUGGAUAUGUUGGAGACGGAUUCUCUUGCAAAGACAUCAAUGAAUGUGAAGACCCAGCCAUAGCAGCGAGAUGUGUGGAAAAUGCGGAAUGUUGCAAUCUUCCUGCUCAUUUUAUAUGUAAAUGCAACCGUGGGUUUGAAGGUGACGGCGAAGAAGAAUGUCGAGAUAUUGAUGAAUGCCGAAGACCUGGUGCUUGCGGUUCAAAUGCCGUUUGUCAAAAUUAUCCCGGAAACUACACAUGCGCCUGUCAAGCUGGCUAUACAGGAAAUCCAUUCGAUGGAUGUGUUGACGUCGACGAAUGUGCGAACUCUGAUGCAUGUGGGGCGGGAGCUGUGUGCCGAAAUCUUGUGGGAGGCUACGAAUGCAGUUGCCUACCUGGACACGAAGGCGACCCAAGAGUCGCCUGCACGCCUACGGAUCAAUGUUCUAGAACUUCAUGUGGACGCGGGGCACUCUGUGAAAACCUUCCAGGAACCUAUCGAUGUGUCUGUCCGCCAGGUUUUGAAGGCGAUCCCAAUGUCAAAUGCAAUGCGUUAGGAUGCAGUGCCCAUGAGCAAUGUGCUUCGGGACUCGCAUGCAUUGAAGGCCGCUGCUCUGACCCAUGCGCACAAGGUGGUCCUUGCGCUGGUGGACAUCAUUGUGCAGUCGUUGAUCACCAACCUGUUUGCUCUAAAGUAUGCCAAUGUCAAACAUCGUCGGACUGCGCUAGGCAUCCUAAUACUAAAUGCGAUGGAUGUGUUUGUAUUCGUGAUGAAAAGAUAUCAACGAAUUGCGCACAUUGCCGCCCAGGAGUACCUUGUGAUCCGUUUUCUGGAGCGUGCAUGGAAAAUGCUCGGCCUAUACAUGUCCCACUAACCGAAAGAAACUCCGAUACUACCACAGAUCAGUAUUCAACGAGUGAAUCAACUACUAAUACUUUAGAACUAACUAGUUUGACCUCAAAAUCCCCAUACAGUACCGUUAUGACUUUUGACAUUACAGAGACUAAUGAAAUAACAGAUACAACUUAUGUAGUAACGGAAACAACUAUUCCAGAGAAACGUUCAACCAUAUCUAUUACGGAAAAUUUCUUUGAUUCAAGUGCUACGUUAAGUCAAGACUUAGGUAGUUCAAUAACCUCACCACCUUCAGAAAAUCAAGAAUUUCUGGGCAGUGAUGAGGUGGUUGCAAGUAAAAGUCAGAAUACAACAACUGCAAAACCUUACUUAAAACGUAAUGAAACCAGCGGCACUCAUAAACGUGUUAAUGAAAAUAGAAAUACAAAAACUCCAGAAAAUCGAAGAAAUCUACAAAAUACGUAUGAUUCGAAUUUUAAAACUGCAGUUACAAAUUCUAUAAAUAUAACAACAAAACAUCCUAAUAAUGAAACACUUCAAAACGAUCUACCAACAAAGAAAACUUACAGUGUAGAAAGAGGAGAUCAAACUGUUGAAAUACCAGAUAUAUCAACUACGGAAUAUGCUUUAAUAAGAGAAUAUAUCACAACACUAAAUUCGCAAGAAGCUGAUCAUAGCAGUACUUCUGACAUCGUUACAAUAAAUCAAAGUACCAAAGAACAGUUUGUGACAUCAUCUGGGUACUCACUAGGAAUAAAAAGUACCCCCUUUAUAACUUUAAAAGAGAAUAGUGAAGCCACAGUGACUAAUACAACACCUCAAACUUCUACUUCUAAUUCAAAAGGGACAACUACAGUAACUGAAAUAAACUACAGCAUUACGCCACAUCCUGGUGAAGAUAGUGUUGAUAAAGAAAUAGAAAAUAAAGCCACGUCCUCAGUCACUGAUGCCUCAGAAGUACUUAAUACGGAAAUAUUGGAUGAUUAUGAUGACAUUAACUAUACUACAAGUCGCAUAACUGAGUUAAAUCCACAAUUAAAUGACAGGCGAACUAAUAUUCCGGUAGAAGUGGAAUCAAGUACAGUCACCACAUAUUUUGAUACAGAUAAAUUAAACGUAAAUAGUCAGGAAACUAUAACAACAUCUCUAAGUGAUCAGAUGGAAACACAUACUACGGAAAGUUUAUAUACGAGAGAAGACGUACCUAUUUACAACACAGAAAAAUACACGUAUAAUACUGAAAAUGUAUUGACAACAUUUGAAACUUCUUCUGUAGGUCCUAACGAAGUAGUGACCGGUCAAUUUGAUUCCAUUAAUACCAAUGAAGAAGAAAUGACAAACACAAAUUCAAUGACAACAUCAAUUUUAGGAACCGAGGAUAUAUCACAGAAAUUCGAUAGUACUAUUCAAGAUAUUGAGUAUACAAAUACAGAUUCUACUUCAUAUAUUCUUGGCGAAAAUAACCAUAAAACACAUUUAAGUACUUUAGAUAACUUUGCAAACGUUAAUACUUUUGUUGUAUCUACUGAAAGUGCAAAUCAACCAGAAUUAGAACAUACAAUAUCUAAAAGCUCUCGAGAAGUGGAAUCUUCCACGAAUUCAAUAAGCCAACAAAAGUUCUUUGACAAUACUGAAUCUUCUGCUGAAAGUAGAACAACUGCUGCAAAUCAGUUAAUUAUAUCAGAAACCAAUCCAGAUCAGUAUCACUACACAACUACGGAAACGACACAACAAAUGAAAUUACUUGAGGGGACAAAUGAAAAUGAACAUAUUUUUACCACGGCAUCAACAGUUUAUGAUUCAAAAAAUAUACCAACUGAUAGUUUAAUAGACAAAUAUGAUCAGUAUACAACUGGAAACAGCACUGACGUCGAUAUUAAAUUCACUACUGAUUCUUUGACUGAUGUUACAUCAACAAAUUAUAAAGAAAUCAGUAUGACAACAGAAAAUAUUCUUGAUAUUUCAGAAAUAAUCUCUACAGAGGCUGGUAUACCAACAAUCAAAUAUAGUGGUAGUUCUGGUUAUACAAAUCCAACAGGCUUAAACACAGCUCUUAAUGUAGAAACAACUACAGAUAGUAGAGAAGUGAAAACUUCGUAUCUGGAAAACAGAAACGAUGGUACAACAACAUAUAGUGAUAAUAUCACAGGUAUUGAUAAGGCAUUGCAUCUUACGAAAAAAAACCCUGUUGAAAAUAUCUUUUCUACAGAGCCAAUACACAGUACUUAUGAAUCAAUCACAGAAUUUACCAGUACAACUAGUAAAAAUUUCGGUGUUAAUGAUGAAAAUGAAGGAAAAAGUACAUUACUUACAACUAAUUCAGAUGUUACUCAAAAGGUUUAUAGUGUAGAUAAUAAAGUUACAAACAAUUCUGAGGUGUCUGAUAUUUCUGACAUGAAUAGCGUUGAAACAAAUACAGAUUCGUAUGAAUUGUACUCAUCAACAAACAGAUAUACCGAAAAGAAUGCAUAUUUCACAGAAAAAGAUACACGUGACAAACCAUACAUUGAAUAUUUAAGUACAACUGCUUCGACUACUUUAGAUACAGAAACAACAGAAGAAACUUCUUUAGAUUUUACAUCCUAUGACACAACAAAUAUUGAAGCUAUUGCGACAACACAAGACCAUAUGUUUACAGAGACAACUUCGGUUAUACAAGAUAUAGGUAAUAAGAAAAAUUAUUUACCCGAAACCACAGAAUCAACAUCCACUGAAAUGAUUGAACAAUCAACGGUUCAGAACCUAGACCAUGAAUCUGACUCAGAUGUUCCUUACACUAGUAUAACGCAGCUAACAAAUACCUUCGAAUCUUCAACGAAUUCAUAUUUAAAAGAUACAUUUUCUACGGGAAUGGAUAUGGUUGUAAUAAAAGAGGAGGAUAACAAAAACCCAUCGAUAGAGGUUAUUACGAAACUAAAAUCUAGUACGGCUUCAACAAUUACUGUUGAUGAUGAUACCCAAACUACACAAGUAACACCCAAGGAAACGAAAACCUACGGAAUUGAUAUUACAUCAACAGAAAAAUCUAAUUUAUUAAUACUUACAACAUCAUUUCAAUCAAUAGAUAAUGAUGUUAAAACGUCUACUCCAAAAUAUGAAAUUGGAACCACACUUCCUCUGGAAACUAUGAACAUUCUAACAACUCAAUCAGGCAUGUAUUCUGAGUCAACGCAAUCUACAACAGAUGAGGUCACUUCUACCGAAUUAAAAAGUGUUACCUCUAUUGCUUUUGAUGAAAUAAUUAGUAAAAACAAAAUACUCGAAAGCCAUGGGUAUACAUCCACUUCUACCGACACAAAUGACAUAACCACUAAUUCAAAUAUUGAUACAACUACAGAAGCUUCUGAGGUAAAUAAAGGAAAAAAUAAAUACCCUUCUACAAUAUCAUCAACUUUCAAUGCAUUUUCUGAUAACUUAUCUUCGAGGCAAAAAGACACUGAUAUUUUCGCCUGGACUGAGACUACUUUAUUUACUGAAUCGACACAAACUUAUGAUUUUGAUGAGGUGACGACUAGAGUUGAUUGUACAUUUGACAUUGACUGUAAUAUAAACCAAUCUUGUCUAAACGGGGUUUGUCAAAAUCCGUGUGAGGUCCAGAGUCCGUGUGUACAGAAUAAAACCUGUAAUGUUUACAACCAUGUAGCAGUUUGUGAGUGUAUCGACGAGGCCAGGGACAACUGCGUUAGAGAAUCACCUGGGACAGCUAAAGCACCAGAACCUUGUCAUUCUGAUCGCGACUGUAUAGAAACCGAAGCCUGUUUUAUGGGACUAUGUCAAAAUCCAUGUGAAUUUGAUAAUGUGUGUGGAACCGGAGCUAAUUGCAAUCCCGUAAAACAAAGACCCAUGUGUUCAUGCCCAGCCGGGCAUGAAGGAGAUCCAGCUGUAAAAUGUUCACCUAAAAUAACCGGUUGCACUCGAAAUGAAGAAUGUCUUGUGACGGAGGCUUGUAUAAAUAAUGCAUGUCAGCAUCCGUGUGCGAUACACAACCCGUGUGCACCUAACGCCGUCUGUAUAAACACAAAUCAUGGUUCGGAUUGUAGCUGCAUCGAAGGGUUCCAAGGAAAUGGAUAUGUAGGAUGUGUACCAGUGGUUGAAUCUCGAUCAGUUUGCCAGUAUAAUGAAGAUUGUCCUCCGGAGCUAUUGUGUGACAGAUUAAACAGAGUGUGUAUUAACCCAUGUGCUGUGAAUACAUGCGGUGAUAAUGCCGAAUGCUACCCUGCGAGUCACGGUAUUCAAUGCAAAUGCUUAGCUGGUUUUACUGGAAAUCCCUUCUUGGAAUGUUAUCAAGUACAAGGAUGUCGAUCAGACAACGAAUGUCCAAAUGCAGAGGCUUGUAUAAAUGGUAAAUGUGAUUCACCGUGCCGCUGCGGAAUCAAUGCCGUUUGCGAUGUAAUAAACCAUCGUGCGUCCUGUAAAUGUUUACCUGGAUUCUCUGGGAACCCAUCAAUUGGUUGCGAACCACCAACAAAUCCAUGUGUUCCAAAUCCAUGUGGUAUUAACGCUUUAUGUGAAAAUGACAAUGGUAAUCCCAUUUGCUUCUGUCCUAAGGGUUUAACUGGAAAUCCAUUCAAAAAUUGUAUUCCUGAAGGAAAUGAAUGUGAACCUAAUCCAUGUGGACCAAAUACAGGAUGCAGGGUGAUAGAAAACAAACCAGCGUGUUUCUGUUUGCCGAACUAUGAGGGAAACCCACCCCGUCAACCAUGCCAACUACCAAAUAAUCCUUGUAAUCCAUCUCCUUGUGGGCCUAAUACACAAUGCACUGUGCUAUCUAACGGUUUCUCAAAAUGCACGUGUUUAUUAGGAUAUGUAGAAAGUCCAAAUACUGUGAGGGGUUGUGUGGAAGCCAGAAAUCCUUGCGAACCUAAUACUUGUGGUGUUGGUGCUCGUUGUGAUGCAAACAGAAUCCCAGCGUGCUAUUGCCCUGAAAAUACUAUCGGUAACCCUUAUAAGUCAUGUAAUCAUCAAGGUUACUUACCACCUGACGUAUUAUGUAAACCUGGAAAAUGCGGAAGUAAUGCAGAUUGUUAUGUCAGUAGUAACACUGAAAUGUGCUUUUGCAAAGAGGGAUUCUUCGGCGACCCGGAUGUAGGUUGUCAUCCACUACAGAAUCCUUGUAGUCCAAAUCCUUGUGGGCCUCAGGCGAUAUGUAAUGUAAACUAUGAAGGCCAAUUCUCCUGUUUAUGUCCAGAAGGCAGUACUGGGGAUCCUUACAGUUUGAAUGGCUGCAUUUCCCGAGAGUGUGAAAUAGACGACGAAUGUCCAUCUAAUAAGGCCUGUAUUGGAUACACAUGCCGUGAUCCUUGCCCUGGAGUCUGCGGUAUAAAUGCUAAAUGUUACGUGGAAACUCAUCAUCCCGUCUGCGUUUGUGAAGAUGGUUAUGAAGGGAAUCCCCUUAUUUGUUGCUUACAACCAGAAAGUCAAAAAUCGAAUAGGCCUUGCACAAGAACUACUUGUGGUAUUAAUGCAAUAUGCCAAGAUGUUGGCGAAAAGGCCAUUUGUGCCUGUCUACCUGAAUUCCAUGGUGAUCCUCUGAUAGAAUGUAAACCAGAAUGUAUAAUGAACUCAGAUUGUUCAUCGGGCGAAGCUUGUAUAAAUCAAAAAUGUGUUGACCCAUGUGAUCACAACAACAUUUGCGGAAUUAAUGCUGUAUGUCUAUGUUCCGAUCACACGGUGUCGUGCUUGUGCCCGGAGGGAUACAUUGGUGAUCCAUUAAUACAAUGUCUUUACCGACCGAUUAUUAUAAUACCAGAUAAUACUACAGUACAACCAUGUUCACCGAAUCCUUGCGACCCUAAUUCUUAUUGUGACACAUAUGGUGAUAAAUUUGCAGUGUGCGAUUUAUGUGUUGGACCCAACUCUAUUAACAAUCCUGCUUGUAGACCAGAAUGUCUUUUAAGCUCUGACUGUAUGUUUGAUAAGGCUUGUAUUCGAAACCGAUGUGUCGAUCCCUGUGCCGGUUCUUGUGGUCUAAAUGCUGAAUGCACGGUCUAUCAUCACGAUCCUAUUUGUCGCUGCAAACCUGGCUUUGAAGGAAAUCCGUAUGAGGGUUGUAAAGUAAAUACUCAAGUUAUACAACCGAAGCUAUGUGAUAAUACGGCAUGCGGACCUAACGCCGUAUGUGACGAAAUAAAUGGUAUACUAACAUGCCAAUGUCUCCCUAAUUUCUACGGAAAUCCGUAUAUUUCAUGCAGGCCAGAAUGCGUUGUGAACAGUGAUUGCAGUUCAAAUAAAGCAUGUUUAAAUAAUAAAUGCGAAAAUCCUUGCAAGGAUAUAUGCGGAAUAGGGGCGCAAUGUGAAACCGUAAACCAUCACGCCGUAUGCUACUGUCCUUCAAAUCUUACAGGCGAUCCCUAUAUUAGGUGCCAGAUACAACACAAAAUACCUUCUACUUUGUCUAAAUGUGAUCCAUCACCGUGUGGUGCAUACAGUCGUUGCUUAGUGUCAGAAACAGGGUUUGCUAUAUGUUCUUGCUUACCAGGAUUUAGAGGAAUACCGCCAAUGUGUCAACCUGAAUGUGUGAGCAAUUCUGACUGUGCACAAAUAGAAACUUGUGUAAACCAACAAUGUGUUAACCCUUGCCAAGGGAGCUGUGGAGUCGGGUCUAAUUGCAUCGUAGUUAACCAUAAUCCAAUUUGUAGUUGUGGACCCGGUGCAACGGGAGAUCCAUUCGUAGCAUGUACAGCGUUUGUUGACGGUCCAUCAUCUGAAGAAAAUCCAUGUGUGCCCUCACCUUGUGGUCCAAACUCUGUUUGUGAAAUAAGGUCAAACCAUCCAGUAUGUUCUUGCCAGCCAAACUAUUCAGGAACUCCACCUUUCUGUAGACCAGAAUGUGUAAUUAGUCAAGAAUGUUCACCAAAUCAAGCUUGUAUUAAUGAAAAAUGUAGCGACCCAUGUGUGGGUGCUUGUGGAAACAACGCUAAGUGUAACGUUAUUAACCAUACACCAUUGUGUAGUUGUUUGGAAGGUUAUAGGGGCGAUGCAUUUAUUGGAUGUAUUGCAGUAAGCAAAGACGAAAACGUAUCGCCAUGCAAUCCAUCACCGUGUGGUGAAAAUACUCUAUGCACCGUCAUUAACAAUGCAGCUCGAUGUUCUUGCAUCCCGCCAAAUAUUGGUAAUCCGUACGCGGGAGGAUGUCGACCAGAAUGUAUUUCAAAUUCAGAUUGUCCUAACCACCUGGCGUGCUUAUCCAGUCAUUGUAGAGAUCCUUGUCGAGAUUUAUGUGGCCUCAAUGCACAGUGUCUGGUAACUAACCAUGUACCAGUAUGUACAUGCUUCAAAGGAUAUCAAGGUGAUCCAUUUUCUUCGUGCAGACCAGAAUAUAAAACAUCGGUGCCAUUCAAUCCAUGCGAACCUUCUAGCUGUGGACCAAACAGUGAAUGCCAUGUAGUAAACAACCGUGCUGCAUGUUCCUGCCGUGUUGGAUAUCUAGGUGCUCCUCCCAGCUGCAGACCGGAGUGCGUAGUUAACUCCGACUGCCCUCCUACUAAAGCCUGCAUAAAUCUAAAGUGUAAAGACCCCUGUAUAAACAGCUGUGGACUCGAAGCUCGUUGUCACGUCAUUGGGCACAACCCUAUUUGUACCUGUCCUGAAAACAUGCCUGAAGGCGAUCCGUUUAUUAAAUGUUAUAGAAAGAGUAUUUCGACACCGACACCAAACCCGUGUCUUCCGUCGCCGUGCGGACCACAUUCAACCUGCCGUAGCGAAGUUGGCCGCGCCGUGUGCGCCUGUGAACCUGGAACAUUGGGAGCGCCACCCGCAUGCCGUCCGCAGUGUCUCAUCAAUCAAGACUGCCCUCUCGCCCUCGCGUGUCUCAGGGGUACUUGCAUCAACCCUUGUGUCGGUUCUUGUGGUUUCAACGCGAAAUGUUCCGUACAAAACCACCAGCCUCUAUGUUCCUGUGACGAUGGUUAUUCCGGAGAUCCUUUCGCUGGCUGUAGUCCAUUUGAAAUUUCUAAAGAAGUUCCUCGACAACCAUGCAAUCCUUCACCUUGCGGAUCUAAUGCGAUUUGUCGGGAAAGGAAUGGUGCAGGUGCAUGUACAUGUAUAGAUGAAUUUUAUGGGGACCCAUAUCAGGGUUGUAGACCGGAAUGUGUUAUGAAUACAGAUUGUGCUCCGGACAGGUCUUGCUUUAAUAAUAAAUGUGUAGAUCCUUGUCCGGGCACAUGUGGGCGAAAUGCUGAAUGUAAAGUGACCAAUCAUGCACCUUCAUGUUAUUGCUUGAAUGGAUUUUCUGGAAAUCCUCUUCAUGCAUGUAAUCCCAUUAUAACUAUCCAAGAACCUGUCAAUCCUUGCCACCCUUCACCAUGUGGCCCGUAUAGUAAAUGCCGAACUUUUAACGGUCAUGCUGUUUGUACAUGUCUCGAUAUGUGUGUGGGAUCUCCACCAAAUUGUCGGCCUGAAUGUAUUGUGAGUUCGGAUUGUCGACCUGAUAAAGCGUGUGUUAAUCAAAAAUGUCAAGACCCAUGUCCGGGUACUUGCGGUGUAAAUGCAAAUUGCCAUGUUGUCAAUCAUAAUCCAGUUUGCAGUUGUUUUAUUGACUAUACCGGUGAUCCAUUUGUGCGAUGUUACUUGGAAGACAAACAUAUGGUGCCAGUCGACAAUUGUCUACCAAGUCCCUGCGGACCAAAUUCUCAGUGUAAAGAUUUAGGUGGAGUACCAGUGUGCUCAUGUUUAAACAACUACAUUGGUCGACCACCAAAUUGUAGACCUGAGUGUACGUUAAAUUCUGAAUGUCCCAGUAACUUAGCAUGUAUAUCUGAGAAAUGCAGCAAUCCAUGUCCGGGCUCGUGCGGCAUACAUGCUACGUGUAACGUUGUAAAGCAUAUCCCCAUAUGCACAUGUGAUAAAGAUUACACUGGGGAUCCAUUUUCCGGUUGUUAUUUAACUCCAAUUACUGAAUCAAAACUAGAAAGCCCAUGCUCCAGAUCACCUUGUGGUGCUAAUGCCGUGUGUAAAGAAAGACAUGGGGCGGGCUCAUGCUCUUGUCUGCCCGAUUAUUAUGGUGAUCCAUACGUGGAAUGUCGACCAGAAUGUGUUCUCAAUUCCGACUGUCCCAAAGAUAGAGCGUGCAUUAAUAACAAAUGCAAAGAUCCGUGUCCUGGCGUUUGUGGUAUGAAUGCGGAGUGUCGCGUAAAUAACCAUGCACCCUCUUGUGCAUGCUACCCUGGAUACGAAGGAAAUCCGUUUACUUCCUGUUUUAUCAGCCAAAUAGAUAAACAGAAACCCGACCAGCCGUGCAACCCAUCGCCAUGUGGACCUAAUAGUAUUUGUCGAGAAAGUCAUGGACACGCGAUUUGUGCUUGCCAGGACGACUAUUUCGGUUCACCCCCUUCUUGUCAUCCCGAAUGUAUGGUUAGCAGCGACUGUAUGCCAAACAAAGCCUGCAUUAACAAAAAAUGCAUAGAUCCAUGUAUCAGUGCCUGUGGGAAAGACGCGAAAUGCAAUGUUGUGAACCAUAAUGCAUUAUGUAGUUGUCCCCGUAAUUAUAUUGGUGAUCCAUUUAUACAAUGUGUUUAUGAUCAACGUCCUGAACCAAAACCGUCACAAAAUCCAUGUAUUCCUUCUCCAUGUGGACCAAACUCACAAUGUCGAAUGGUAGGUGAAACACCAGCUUGUUCAUGUACCGCCGGUUACGUGGGCAGGGCCCCGAAUUGUCGUCCCGAAUGUAUUUAUGAUGAAGAAUGUCCUAGUAAUCUUGCUUGUAUUCGCGAAAAAUGUAUGUCACCUUGCGAUGGUUCUUGUGGCGCACACACUGAUUGUAUGGUUAUUUCACACAAAGCUGUGUGUCGUUGUCAAGAUAGCUAUACCGGUGACCCUUUUAGUGGGUGUUAUUUCAUUGUGACGGUUGCGAAUGAAUAUGAAAGCCCAUGCGAUCCAUCACCGUGUGGUCCAAAUUCGUUAUGUACGGAAAAAAAUUCAGCUGGUGCUUGUACAUGUGUCCCCGGUUAUUUUGGAGAUCCAUACAUGGGAUGCCGUCCAGAAUGUGUGACAAAUAACGAUUGCCAUUUCGAUCAAGCUUGUUCCAACAACAAAUGUGUAAAUCCUUGUGAAGGUGCUUGUGGAGUAAACGCAGUUUGUAAUGUAGCACACCAUACUCCCGUAUGCUUAUGUAUUGAUGGUUAUAUAGGAAAUCCUACGGUAUCAUGUUAUCCGCAGAAAAAAAUACCUAUUGAAGAAAACCCCUGUGCACCGUCACCAUGUGGCCCAUAUAGUAAUUGUAAAGUCAUAGACGGACAUGGAGUGUGUUCGUGUCAAGGGGACUAUAUAGGGUCGCCCCCUACGUGUAGGCCAGAAUGCGUUACAAGUACAGAUUGUCCUCAACACCAAGCUUGCAUUAAGCAAAAAUGUAGGGAUCCUUGUCCGGGAACAUGUGGAAUUAAUGCGAAAUGCCAAGUUAUAAAUCAUAAUCCUAUCUGUACAUGCAAAGCAGGAUUCACGGGUGAUCCAUUCGUUACUUGCCAGCUGGAACCAAAACCUAUUCUUGGGGUGCCUAAGGGAAACCCAUGUGUACCAUCGCCGUGUGGCCCUUAUUCGCAAUGUAAAGUAGUUGGAGAAGCGCCUGCAUGUUCAUGCUUACCAAACUAUAUUGGUGUCGCACCAAACUGUAGACCAGAAUGUUCUAUUAAUGCGGAAUGUCCUGGUAAUCUUGCAUGUCAAAAUGAAAAGUGUGUAGAUCCAUGUCCGGGAUCAUGUGGCUUUAACGCUGAAUGCACCAUCGCAAAUCAUAUAGCACUCUGCCAUUGUAUCAUUGGAUAUACAGGUGAUCCGUUUAGUGGAUGUUCUAUCAUCGAACAUGCUAAAGACCCACCGCCAAACCCAUGCAAUCCAUCUCCGUGCGGUGCUAAUGCAAUAUGCAAAGAGAGAAACUUUAUUGGUUCGUGCUCCUGCCUUCCUGAAUACUUCGGUGACCCAUACACCGGAUGUCGUCCUGAAUGUGUUUCAAAUUCAGACUGUGACCGAAACAAGGCGUGUUCAAAUAACAGAUGUAGGGAUCCAUGCCCUGGCGCCUGUGGGAUCAAUGCGGAGUGCAGAACUAUUAAUCACGCCCCAACCUGCACCUGCCUUAUAGGAUACACAGGAAAUCCGCUAACAAAGUGUGACGUGCAACUUGUAUCAGAAAGAGACGAGCCACAACUCAACCCGUGUCAGCCAUCACCAUGUGGACCUAAUAGUUUGUGUCGUGAGGUCAACGGUCAUAGCGUUUGUACUUGUGAAACCGGAUACAUCGGAACUCCACCUACUUGUCGUCCUGAAUGUAUUGUUAGUUCAGAAUGUCCACAAGACAAAGCAUGUAUUAAUAAGAAAUGUCUGGAUCCUUGUCCAAAUACUUGUGGGUUGAAUGCACGCUGUCAAGUUGUUACCCACAAUCCAAUAUGCAGUUGCACUCCUGGAUAUACUGGUGAUCCCUUUACAAGAUGUACAUUGACAGAAAGGACGGUACCAACUAACCCGUGUGACCCAUCACCCUGCGGGGCAAACUCGGAAUGUCGUGUGAUAGGUGACCAAGCGGCUUGUUCUUGUCUACCAAAUUACAUUGGAAGGGUACCAAAUUGUCGGCCAGAAUGUACAAUCGAUCCUGAAUGUCCUAGCAAUGCAGCCUGUAUUAACGAACGCUGUAAAGAUCCAUGCCAGAAUGCCUGUGGAUUAAAUGCGCUAUGUAUGACAGUGAAUCAUAAAGCUAUCUGCAAUUGCCAGCAAGGUUUCACUGGAGACGCCUCUAGGAACUGCAUUCAAAUUGUUAUUUCGUCGACGGAAAUGACACCGACCUCAAGUCCAUGUACCCCUUCGCCGUGUGGACCAAACGCGGAAUGUCGUGAAUUUAAUGGAGCGGGUGCGUGCUUCUGCUCCGAUGGAUAUGAGGGUGACGCCUACAGCUCGCAAGGAUGUCGUAGAGAAUGUGAAAACAAUGAUGAUUGUCCAUUAAACCUAGCCUGUACGCGUUUCAAAUGUAUCGAUCCCUGUCCGAGAACUUGCGGACAAUUUGCACAAUGCAUUGUUGAAAAACAUAUACCAGUCUGCACUUGCCCCAGAGGUUAUACUGGGGACCCAUUCUUCCAGUGUAAACGAAUAGUUUUGGAAGACGUUCCACCUUCAAACCCAUGCGAGCCUACUCCCUGCGGUCCAAACAGUCAAUGCAGACAAGUAAACAUGCAAGCGGUGUGUUCGUGUUUACCAAAUUAUGUUGGCUCUCCGCCAUCAUGUAGACCACAAUGUAUUGUAAAUAGUGAAUGUGAUUCAUCGAAGGCGUGUAUUAAUCAAAAAUGUGAUGACCCCUGCCCGAACACCUGUGGCUUGAGAGCACAUUGCCAAGUCAAGAAUCAUAACCCUAUUUGUACUUGUCCAGCUGGCAUGACUGGAGAUCCGUUUACACAAUGUUACCAAAUUCCAUCAAGUACUACCGAACGUCCUCCUUCUUGCACUCCUUCGCCCUGUGGACCCCACUCACGGUGCCAAUUGUUAUCGAGUGGUCCUGCUUGUUCUUGUCUGCCAGGAUAUAUUGGCUCACCACCAUCAUGUCGUCCUGAGUGCACAAUUAAUUCUGAAUGUCCGGCUUCUUUAGCUUGCGUACGACAAAAAUGUGAAGACCCAUGUCCAGGUUCGUGUGGAGUGGAGGCCAAUUGUCACGUCUUGAAUCAUGUAGCAGUUUGCGUCUGUAAUGAAGGCUACACGGGAGAUCCAUUCUCCAGAUGUUCUCCAAUUAGUGAGGUUCCUACAACCCCUACCCCGCUAGAUCCAUGUAAUCCGUCACCUUGUGGAUCAAAUGCUAAAUGUGAUAAUGGCUUCUGUACAUGUUUACCAGAAUAUAGAGGAAAUCCUUACGAAUCAUGUCGACCGGAAUGCACUGGCAGUCAAGAAUGUCCUAGAGACAAAGCUUGCUUCCGCAAUAAGUGUCAAGAUCCUUGUCCAGGUGUAUGCGGGCAAAAUGCCAAAUGUGAUGUUAUUAACCAUAUACCAAGUUGUUCAUGUAUUGCUGAUUAUACCGGAAAUCCUUUUGUUCAUUGUCUACCAAUGGAAAGAGAAAAGUCUAGACCUAACGACCCAUGCCAUCCAUCGCCUUGCGGACCGAAUAGUAUCUGUAAAAAUGUAGAUAAUACAGCCGUAUGCGCUUGUGUAGAAGGCUUCCAAGGAUCGCCACCUGGCUGUAGACCCGAGUGUGUUGUCAGUUCUGAAUGUCCAUCAACAAAAGCGUGUGUGAAUAAAAAAUGUGUUAAUCCCUGCAUCAAUGCAUGUGGUCUGUUGGCACGUUGUGAGGUUAUAAAUCAUAGUCCUAUCUGCAGCUGUAACGUUGGUCAGACAGGAGACCCAUUUAAGAGCUGCUUUGACAUUAUAAUAAUACCAAAUGAUCCCGUCGACGCGUGCAAUCCUUCACCGUGUGGUCCGAACUCGAUAUGUGUUGAAAGAAAUGGAAAGGCUAAUUGUCGAUGUGCCGAUGAUUAUAUAGGACAACCGCCUAACUGUAGACCAGAGUGUGUGAUUAAUCCAGACUGUCCUUCCAAUCAAGCAUGUAUAAGAAACAAAUGUAUAGAUCCUUGUCCGGGCUCCUGUGGAGUUAAUGCUGACUGUAUUAUUGUCAGUCAUACAGUCUCUUGUGUAUGCCGUGAACUAUUUACUGGAAAUCCAUUUUUACAAUGUGUACCACAAGAAGAAAAAGUUGUGGAACCCUGUGAUCCUUCACCCUGUGGAAUGAAUGCUGUGUGUACUCAAAGAGAUGGAGCUGGUGCAUGUUCUUGCUUAGAGGGUUAUCAAGGAAAUCCAUAUGAGGGAUGUAGGCCUGAAUGUGUUUUAAGCUCAGAUUGCUCUGCAGACAAAUCUUGCAUUCGUAAUAAAUGUGCUGAUCCAUGCCCAGGAAUCUGUGGAAACUUUGCUGAAUGUACUGUGGUAAAUCAUGUGCCUACAUGUGCUUGCCUUAAGGGAUAUUCUGGCAAUCCUUUUGUACAAUGUACUAGAGAAGAACCAAUAGUAGAAAUUAAACCUUGUCAGCCCUCACCGUGUGGUCCAAAUAGUGUUUGUAGAGUAAAUGGUGGCUUAGCCUCUUGUGAAUGUUUACCAGACUAUAAAGGAGCACCACCUGAUUGCCGCCCAGAAUGUACUGUGAGCAGCGAAUGUCCACCAGAUCGUGCCUGUCAUAAACUCAGAUGUGCAGAUCCUUGCAGAGGAACUUGCGGUCUUGGUGCACAUUGUCAAGUUAUAAACCACAGCCCAUUAUGUAGCUGUCCCGCGGGUACUACUGGUGAUCCGUUUAGUCGGUGUCAAGAAAUACAGUACAGUGAAACAGAAGUUCCGUUGGAGCCCUGUUCACCUAAUCCUUGUGGACCUUAUAGUGAAUGUCGACCAAUUAAUGGCUAUCCUUCAUGUUCAUGUAGCGGAGAUUAUUUAGGUACACCGCCAAAUUGUCACCCUGAGUGUCUAGUCAAUACCGACUGCCCGUCUCACCAAGCCUGUAUAGCUGAAAAAUGCACUAACCCUUGUGAAGGCUCAUGCGGAUUUAGAGCCGAAUGUCGGGUACAAGACCAUAUACCCAUUUGCAGCUGCCCCACAAGAUAUUCUGGAGAUCCAUUCAUACAAUGUGCGGAAGUAAUCGUAUCGACGCCCCCACCAACUGCAGACCCUUGCAAUCCAUCACCAUGCGGAUCAAAUUCUAUAUGUGAUAAUGGCGUCUGCCUUUGUGCUAAAGGAUACUUUGGAGAUCCUUAUUUUGGUUGUCGUCUUGAAUGCUCAACAAAUGGAGAAUGUUCACCAACACGUGCUUGUCACGGUGGAAAAUGCUUGGAUCCCUGUCCUGGAGCUUGUGGGACUGGUGCCAUCUGUUCUGUUAACAACCAUAUACCAUCUUGUACUUGUGCAGUCGGUACAUCUGGUGAUCCAUUCUCAUACUGUACGGAGAUAAUAAAAGAAGAACCACACCGAUCGCCGUGUGCUCCAUCACCCUGCGGACCAUACAGCGAAUGUACAGUGAGUACAAACGGUGCGGCUGCUUGUUCGUGCCGCUCAGGUCACAUUGGGUCACCGCCAACUUGUCGUCCUGAAUGUCUCGUCAGCUCUGAGUGUAAAUUACAAGAAGCAUGUAUAGAGCAUCGUUGUCGGGAUCCUUGUGAAGGAGCUUGUGGUCGUGGAGCACGCUGCCAAGUUAUAGCACAUUCUCCAAUAUGUACCUGCAAUGAUGGUUAUUCUGGUGAUCCGUUCACUUAUUGCUCACCAAUACCGACAACAUCCCCCAUCCCAAUCGAUCCAUGUGAGCCAACACCCUGUGGUCCGAAUUCAAUAUGCGUUAAAACAGGGGAUAUACCAGCAUGUAGUUGCCAAGCGGGCUACAUUGGAUCACCACCUAACUGUCGACCAGAGUGCACGAUCAGUGCUGAAUGUCCUGCUGCGUUGGCCUGUGUGUCACAGAGAUGUAAAGAUCCAUGCGCGCACGCUUGCGGCACCAACGCGGUGUGUUCUGUUGUAGAUCAUCGAGCGACAUGUGCCUGUGAACAUGGUUACCAAGGAGAUCCAUUCCAGGGUUGCAUUCCACCUAAAGCUUCUUCUGAAAUUGAAUAUUUGAACCCGUGUGAGCCUUCCCCUUGUGGUAUAAACGCGGAUUGUAAAGUACAAGGAAAUGCGGGAUCUUGCACUUGUCGUCCUGAUUAUUUUGGUGAUCCAUAUCAAGGUUGCAGACCUCAGUGUUUAGCUGAUUCUGAUUGCUCUUUAAUGAUGGGAUGCGUAAACAACAAAUGUGUCGAUACUUGCCCCGGAGUAUGCGGGCUCAAUGCAGAAUGUUUUGUUACAAAUCAUAAACCGACGUGCAAUUGUCGAUUUGGUUUUACUGGAAAUGCGUUAGUCAUGUGCUCUCCAAUACUAGUGAAAGAUACAUCGAUUGACGUAUGUAAUCCGUCUCCGUGUGGGCCUAAUGCACAAUGUAAAGUGAUUAACAACCAACCAGUAUGUUCAUGUUGGAGUAAUUACAUAGGAGCACCACCCAACUGUAAGCCAGAGUGUGUUAUAAAUUCAGAUUGUCAAACAAAUCGGGCUUGUAUGAAUAACAGAUGUGUGAAUCCGUGUCCAAGACCUUGUGGAAGUAACUCGGACUGUAAGGUAAUCAACCAUAGCCCUGUUUGCUCCUGCCGACAAGGAUAUACUGGAGAUCCGUUCAUAUCAUGUACCCGGAAAUUACAAGUUGCAUUCUCUGUAGAGGAACAUACAGACCCUUGCUUAUCUUCACCAUGUGGACUGUAUGCGGAAUGUAGGAACGCGAAUGGGUUGCCUUCCUGCUCGUGCCUUCCAUCUUAUAUUGGAUCACCGCCAUUUUGUAAACCUGAAUGUGUAGUGCAUUCUGAUUGUCCUAGUGAUAAGGCCUGUAUUUCUGAAAAAUGUCGAAAUCCCUGUGAUGGCUCAUGCGGCUUAUAUGCCAAUUGUUUUGUUAACCGACAUGUUGCUGUAUGUUUAUGUUCAGAAGGAUUCACUGGGGAUCCAUUUAGAGAAUGUAAAACUGUUGCUGUAAAAGAGACUGUGUUAUAUGAGCCUAGUGAUCCCUGCAGACCUAGUCCAUGUGGUGCCAAUGCAAUCUGUAACAACGGAGUUUGUACUUGUAUAGCUGACUAUAAUGGAGAUCCAUACUUCGGAUGUAGACCAGAAUGUCUAUAUAAUACAGAUUGUCCUCGAAACAAGGGUUGCCAAAAGAAUAAGUGUGUAGAUCCAUGUAUAGGCACAUGUGGACUUCACGCCAUAUGUGAAGUUAACAAUCACGUCCCCAUGUGUUCUUGUCCACGUGGAAUGAGUGGCAACGCCUUUAUUGAAUGUCGUGCUAUGAGCGUUAUUAACAAAAGCCCCUGUCAACCUUCACCGUGUGGUCCCAACAGUCAAUGUCAGCAAUCACACGGCCAAGCUGUUUGUUCAUGCCUGCAGGGAUAUCGUGGUAGCCCUCCUAACUGUAGACCAGAAUGUGUUGUGAGUUUGGAAUGUCCACUUAAUGCAGCGUGUCAGAACCAAAAAUGUGUUAAUCCAUGCCAAGGCGCUUGUGGUAUAGCUGCUGUCUGUGAAGUUAUAAACCAUAAUCCAAUUUGUACUUGCCCAGCAUCAUUCACUGGAGAUCCCUUCAGAAAAUGCGAUUACAUUGUAAGUUUACCAAUCCAAAUCAAUCCUUGUGAGCCAUCUCCUUGCGGACCCUAUUCGACCUGUAGAAGUAAAGAUGAUGGACCAGUUUGUGCUUGUCUCGAUAAUUACAAGGGGACACCACCACAUUGCAAACCAGAAUGUAUAAGUAAUAGCGAAUGUGAUCACAAUAAAGCUUGUAUCAACCAAAAAUGUUCUGAUCCAUGUAUAGGAAGCUGUGGCAUUAACUCUGAAUGCAGAGUCGUCAGUCAUUCUCCAGUUUGCCUCUGUCAAUCGGGUUAUACCGGCGAUCCAUUUUCACAUUGUAGCUUAGAAGUUAUAUCUCGACCAACUGAAAGUUUACACCCCUGCAAUCCAAAUCCUUGUGGAGCAAACGCUAUAUGUAGAGAGCAAAAUGGAAUAGGCGCUUGUCUAUGUGCAGAGACUUAUACUGGUAACCCGUACGAGGGAUGUCGACCCGAAUGUGUUGUAGAUUCCGACUGCCCCCUGAACAAGGCCUGUUCAGGCAUGAAAUGUGUUGAUCCAUGUCCGGGUUCUUGUGGGGUAAAUGCGUUCUGUCUUGUAAGCAAUCAUAUGCCAAACUGUAUUUGUCAGUCUGGAUAUACUGGAAAUCCAUUUAGUCACUGUGGUAUUCUACAAGAAUCUCAAAUCUUGGAAACAAACCCGUGCAAUCCGAGUCCAUGUGGUGCUAACAGCCAAUGCAAAGAAAUACAAGGCCAAGCGGUGUGCUCUUGUUUACCUUUAUUCAUAGGAGCCCCGCCCUAUUGCCGCCCGGAAUGUGUUAUGAGCUCCGAAUGCCCGCCGAACUUGGCUUGUAUCGACCAAAAAUGUUCUGACCCAUGUGUCGGGAGUUGUGGGGAGAGGGCCAGUUGUAACGUUAUCAACCAUAGCCCUAUCUGUGUAUGCAAUCAAGGUUUGACUGGAAAUCCAUUUUCAAGAUGUUAUCCGAUGAUAAUUUCGUCACAGCCAGACCAGUCGCAAUCUUCAGAUCCAUGCUUACCAUCGCCGUGUGGCCUCUAUGCAAUAUGUCGCAACGUUGGAGGGGCACCGUCUUGUGCAUGCGAAACGAAUUAUAUUGGAACCCCUCCUAAUUGCAGACCUGAGUGUACCAUUAAUUCUGAAUGCGCUAGUGAUCAAGCGUGCAUUAACGAGAAAUGUAGAGAUCCAUGUUUAGGCGCAUGUGGAUUAAAUGCACAAUGUAGAGUAUUCCAUCAUAUCGCGCAGUGUAGCUGUUUAGAUAAAUACCAAGGAGAUCCAUUCAGUCAAUGUCACCCUGAAAUCGAAAGAGACGAAAUUACGGAAUUGGAUCUAUGUAAUCCAUCACCAUGCGGUCCAAACGCUGAAUGUGACGAAGGCAAAUGUACUUGUAUACUUGAUUACCAAGGUGAUCCAUACGUCGGUUGCAGGCCGGAAUGUCUCCUGAGCAGCGACUGUUCUCACGAUAAAGCAUGUUUCAAAAAGAAAUGUGUUAAUCCAUGCAUAAAUACAUGCGGUCGUCAGGCUAUAUGCAACGUAAUUAAUCACGUACCGAUGUGUACAUGUUUGCCGCAUCACACAGGAAAUGCGUUUGUAGAUUGUAAACCUAUAACAAUUAUUGAAGACGUAAAUCCCUGUCACCCAACUCCAUGUGGACCUAACAGUCAAUGUAGAGAAGUUAACGGUCAAGCCAUUUGCACAUGUCUACCUGGAUAUAAAGACGCCCCACCGACAUGCAGACCCGAAUGUGUUUCUAGCUCUGAAUGUCCUCUUAAUAGAGCCUGCUCUGGUCAAAAAUGUAUAGAUCCAUGUAAAGGAAAUUGUGGACUUGGUGCUAUUUGUCAAGUAAUAAAUCACAAUCCCAUAUGUUCAUGUCCUACAGGAUUUACAGGUGAUCCAUUCAGUAAAUGUAUACAAAAAGAAAACGAUGAACCAACUUACGUCAAUCCAUGUCAGCCAUCACCUUGUGGUCCUAAUGCUAUUUGCAAAGAAAUCAAUGGAUCUCCGUCGUGUGCAUGUCUUGAUGAAUAUACAGGAAGUCCACCUAAUUGUAAACCAGAAUGUAUUGCAAAUUCAGAAUGUCCUAAUGAAUUAGCUUGUAUUAACGAAAAGUGUAAAGAUCCUUGUCCAGGCUCAUGUGGAUCCGAUGCUGAAUGCAAGGUCGUGAGCCACGCACCUCAAUGUUACUGCCCACCAGGUUUUACUGGUGAUUCAUUUAUAAAUUGUAUUGUGAUAGACGUGCCACUUACACCAUGUUCGCCGUCUCCUUGUGGUCCCAACGCUUUAUGUAAAGAAUUCAACGGUGCCGGAUCAUGUGUGUGUAUACCUGAGUACAUAGGAAACCCCUAUGAGGGCUGUCGUCCAGAAUGUGUUGUAAAUUCAGACUGCGCAUCUAAUUUGGCCUGUAUUCAAAACAAAUGUCAAAACCCGUGUAAUAAUGUUUGUGGACUAAACGCCAUCUGUAAUGUUAUAAAUCAUACACCUAAAUGCGAGUGUUUACCUGGUUUUGUUGGGAGUCCGUAUCAAGAAUGUAUCGUGAAACUUAAUGUUGAAGUCUUGCCUCAAAGGAAUCCUUGUACUCCUUCACCCUGUGGUCCUUAUAGUAUUUGUAAGGAGGCCAACAAUCAAGCCAUCUGCACGUGUAAAAAUAAUUAUUUGGGCUCUCCACCAUCUUGUAGACCAGAAUGUCUCAUUAGUUCAGAAUGUUCACAACAUCAAGCAUGCAUAAAUGAAAGGUGUAAAAACCCAUGCGAAGGAGUUUGUGGUAUUGAUGCAGAAUGCAAAGUUAUAAACCAUAGCCCUAUUUGUUCCUGUACGGCUCAGUAUACAGGAGAUCCGUUUAAUAGGUGUUACAGAGUUAUAGAAACAUCUGUUGUGCAGACAAAUCCAUGCGUACCAAAUCCAUGUGGUUCUUUCUCUCAAUGUCGUGACACGAACAAUUCACCGUCCUGUUCUUGUUUACCGCAAUACAUAGGUAAUCCACCUAAUUGUCGCCCUGAGUGCACGAUUAACACAGAUUGUGCUAGUGACAAGGCUUGUAUUAAUGAAAAAUGUGUUGACCCAUGUCCUGGGUCCUGUGGCUUGAAUGCUGAGUGUCGGGUUCAGAAUCAUAUAUCAAUUUGUACAUGCAUAGAGGGAUAUAUCGGGGAUCCGUUCCAAAGUUGUGUUUUAAAGCUCCAUCAAGAGGUAUCACCGCGUGACCCUUGUAAUCCGUCCCCAUGCGGUGCAAACGCGAUUUGCAAUAAUGGUAUUUGUACCUGUCUGCUUGAAUAUAGUGGCGAUCCAUACUUUGAAUGCCGACCUGAAUGCACAAUUAGUUCAGAAUGUCCUUUGGAUAAAGCGUGUGUUAGAAAUCGGUGUGUCAAUCCGUGUAAUAAUACUUGUGGCUUAGAUGCGGUUUGUAAUGUGAUGAAACAUAUGGCUAUUUGUACAUGCCCUCCCAAAAUGACAGGAAAUGCAUUUUUGCGAUGUUCUCCAAUGCGAGAAGCUGUUGUUACUAACCCUUGUGAGCCCAGUCCCUGCGGACCUUACAGUCGUUGUACGGAACACAACCAACAAGCCAUAUGCUCUUGUAUGUCUGGUUAUCAAGGAGCGCCUCCAUCAUGUCGUCCAGAAUGUGUUAGUAGUGCCGACUGCACACUAAACAAGGCUUGUAGUAACCAAAAAUGUAUCAACCCUUGUGAAGGUGUAUGUGGUGUUGGAGCAAAAUGCCAAGUGAUAAAUCACAACCCCAUUUGUAUCUGUCCAUCUGGAUAUACAGGGGAUCCUUUUACUAGAUGUAUAAAUAUGCCUCUCUUUGAGCCAACGAAAACCAAUCCUUGCCAGCCAUCACCGUGUGGUCCAAACUCUGUUUGCCAGGAAACAGCAACGGCAACUGCAUCAUGUCAGUGUUUGCCCAACUUUAUUGGCUCACCACCAAACUGCCGCCCCGAGUGCAUCUCUAACACUGAAUGCUCGCCACUUCAAGCUUGUAUAAACAGAAAAUGUCAAAAUCCUUGUAACCAAGCAUGUGGAACGAAUUCGGAAUGUCGCGUUGUAAGUCAUUCAGCUCUAUGUAUAUGUCCAGAGGGAUAUACUGGAGAUGCCGCAUUAAAAUGCACGUUGACUGCUUUGGUUUCUGUUGAAGAAAUAAAUCCUUGUUCACCAUCACCUUGUGGAUCAAACGCUGAAUGUAUUACGCGUAGUGGGACAGGAGCUUGCAUAUGUCUAAAAGGUUACUUUGGAGAUCCGUAUGAAGCUUGUCGACCUGAGUGUAUAGUUAAUUCUGACUGUCCAAGCAACAAAGCGUGUACCAAAAACAAAUGUGUUGAUCCAUGUCCUGGUACUUGUGCAAUUAAUGCGGAUUGUCAAGUUGUUAAUCACUCACCUAUAUGCACAUGUCCUCCGCAGUAUUCUGGAGACCCAUUCAGGCAUUGCAUAUUAAGCAUUCGUGAUAUGAUCCCAAGUAAUCCUUGUCAACCGUCACCAUGUGGUCCAAAUAGUCAAUGUAGGACAUUAAAUGAACAAAGUGUAUGCUCCUGUUUGCCCGAAUAUUACGGAUCGCCACCAAAUUGUAAACCGGAAUGUGUUAUAAAUGCAGAAUGUCCUACAGACAAAACAUGCAAAAACCUAAAAUGUGUUUCAACGUGCCCCGGGCCUUGCGGACAAAAUACUGAUUGUAAAGUAAUUAAUCAUAGUCCAAUCUGCACCUGUUCACCAACCUAUACAGGAGAUCCAUUUUCCCGGUGCUAUAAAUUGAUUGCUUCAGUAGAUGUUCUUCCUGUUCGGGAUCCCUGCAUACCUUCACCGUGUGGACCCAAUUCUCUGUGUAAAAAUAACAACGACCUUCCGAUUUGUUCAUGUUUGCCGCUUUAUGAGGGCAGCCCACCUAAUUGUAGACCAGAAUGUACAAUAAACGAAGAUUGCUCUGGUCAUCUUGCCUGCAUAAAUCAAAAGUGCCAAGACCCAUGCCCAGGUUCUUGUGGUAUAAAUGCAGAUUGUUUUGUUAAAAAUCACAUAUCAAUUUGUAAUUGCCGAGAUGGUUAUACUGGAAAUGCCUUUACUCAGUGCACUCCGGCUCCACAAAAUGUUCCUGUAGAAAUUGAUCCGUGUAAUCCAACGCCUUGUGGAACUAAUGCACAAUGUUAUAAUGGUAAAUGCAGUUGCCUUCCGGAAUUCCAUGGAGAUCCAUACACUGGUUGUCGUCCUGAGUGUACUCUAAGCACAGACUGUGAUCGCACCAAGGCUUGCAUUAGAAAUAAAUGUACAGAUCCAUGUCCGGGCACUUGCGCUUCAAAUGCAAUAUGCAAUGUUGUCAAUCAUAUUCCUAUGUGUAGUUGCCCCGAGCGGAUGACAGGAAAUGCGUUUAUAGAAUGCCAUUUAGUAUCGGAACCGAACAACAUAAAUCCUUGUCAGCCAUCUCCAUGCGGCCCUAAUAGCCAAUGUCGCGUUUUAAAUGGUCAAGCUGUAUGUUCCUGCAAUCCAAACUUCCUUGGCAGUCCACCAGCUUGUCGACCAGAAUGCACAAUAUCUGCCGAGUGUCCGUUGAACCAGGCGUGUAGUAAUCAGAGAUGUACGAACCCGUGUGUUGGUGCUUGUGGAGUAGAUGCUGAAUGUCAAGUUGUAAACCAUAGUCCUAUAUGUUCGUGCCCAUCUAUGUUCUCCGGAAAUCCGUUCUCUCGCUGUUUCAAACUUCCCACACAACCGCAAAAGCAAAUUGACGUUUGUUCUCCUUCACCAUGUGGUCCUAAUUCAAUUUGUAAAAUUAUCAACGAAGUACCAUCUUGCACGUGCCUUGAAAAUUACCAUGGACAACCACCAUAUUGUCGUCCCGAAUGUUCAAGCAAUGAAGACUGCUCCACACAAAUGUCCUGUGUCAAUAUGAAAUGUAUCAAUCCAUGUGAAGGUGCAUGUGGGAGCAACGCAGAAUGUAGAGUAGUCAGCCAUUCGCCAAACUGCAUAUGUCCCUACGGAUAUACAGGCGACCCAUUCUUCGGAUGUAUUGUAGAACCCUUACGUGAAGAAAUUAUUACAACUCCAUGUUCGCCUUCACCAUGUGGAUUUAAUGCUAUUUGUAAAGAGAAGAAUAAUGCCGGGUCUUGCUCCUGUGUUGACGGUUAUAUUGGAAAUCCAUAUGAAGGGUGCCGACCUGAAUGUGUUGUGAAUACGGAUUGCCCAAGUAAUAAAGCUUGUGCCAAUAAUAAGUGUACUGAUCCCUGUCCUGGUAGCUGCGGCUCAAAUGCACUCUGUCAAGUAGUCAAUCACGCACCAUUAUGCACAUGUAUCAGCGGCUACACUGGGGAUCCAUUCAGAAACUGUGUUUACCAAGAACCCCUAUUGGUGCAACCCACUGAUAUUUGUUAUCCUUCGCCGUGUGGACCUAAUAGCCAAUGUAAGGCCAUCAAUAAUCAAGCUGUAUGCUCAUGUUUACAAGAAUACAUCGGAACUCCACCAAACUGUCGUCCGGAAUGUGUUGCAAGUUCAGAAUGCCAACGUGACAUGGCCUGCAUAAAUAAUAAAUGUAUUAAUCCAUGCGUAAAAGCUUGCGGUAUUAACGCUAACUGCAAAGUUAUCAAUCAUAGCCCUAUUUGUUCCUGCAAGAAAUCUUAUACAGGAGAUCCAUUUACCAUUUGUACCUUCUCUUCUCCUGUAUCAUAUCCUCAAGAGACCAGUGACCCGUGCGUACCAUCACCGUGUGGACCCAAUUCAGUGUGUAGGAAUAUUGGCACUUCACCAUCGUGUUCAUGUUUAUCUGAAUUCAUCGGAAAUCCACCAAACUGCAGACCAGAGUGCACAAUACACGCAGACUGUGCCAGUGAUCGCGCUUGUAUCAACUCAAAAUGCCGAGACCCUUGUCCCGGUUCUUGUGGGUUAUCUGCAACGUGUCACGUACUUAACCAUAUUCCGAUAUGCUCAUGUCUUACUGGUUACAUUGGAGAUCCAUUCACAAAUUGCAGACCUCAACCAUUACAAGUCGAAGCAACAGUAACUGAUUCAUGUUCGAAUGUGCGAUGUGGAUCGAAUGCUGAAUGUAUUAAUGGCCAUUGUCAAUGCUUACAAGAGUAUAAGGGGGAUCCGUACUUCAGUUGUCGUCCCGAAUGCGUAGUAAGCACGGAUUGUGAGAGUAGCAAAGCCUGCGUUCAAAAGAAAUGUGUCAAUCCUUGCAUAGACGCCUGUGGACUAAAUGCAAUUUGCCAAGUAGUCAAUCAUAUUCCCAUGUGUAGUUGUACUACAGGUCAUACGGGCAACGCGUUUAUUGCGUGCAAUCCAUUUAAAGCCCAGCCUAUAGAAAAUCCUUGUAAUACUGAAAUUUGUGGACCAAAUAGUCAGUGUAGAGUGAUAAAUAAUCAGGCCGUUUGUUCGUGUCUGCCAACAUAUUUGGGUGUCCCACCUGCAUGUAGACCAGAAUGUACUGGUAACUCAGAAUGUGCAUUAAACCAAGCUUGUAUGAACCAAAAGUGUGUUAACCCUUGCAUUGGAGUAUGUGGAAUAAGAGCUACUUGUGAAGUAAUCAAUCACAAUCCAGUAUGUGCUUGUCCAAACCGAUACUCUGGUGAUCCGUUUGUGCAGUGUAAUAUUGUGCUGAGUUCACCUGUGAUUGUGAAUCCCUGCCAACCAUCUCCCUGCGGUCCAAACUCAAUUUGUCACGAAACAAAUGAUAGUCCUUCAUGUAGUUGCAUGCCUGGGUUUAACGGCCAACCUCCCUAUUGUAGACCAGAAUGUAUUAGUAACAGUGAAUGCGCACCUCACUUGGCUUGCAGAAAUCAGAAAUGUCAUGAUCCAUGCACAGAUGUCUGUGGAGAGAACUCAGAGUGUCAUGUUGUAAGUCACGCUGCAAUGUGUGUCUGCCCUCAAGGUUAUGGAGGAGAUCCCUUUACCAGGUGUAUCAUACAUACUACAGUUGAAGUAUUAAAUCCAUGUUUUCCAUCUCCAUGUGGGUCAAACGCCGCUUGUAGGGAGCAAAAUCGAGUAGGAUCGUGCACUUGCAAUGAAGGCUUCUUUGGAAACCCUUACGAAGGCUGCAGACCAGAAUGUGUUAGUGACUCAGAUUGUCCUGGCAAUAUGGCUUGCGUGGGUAAUAAAUGUCAAGACCCAUGUCCAGGAGCCUGUGGAAUAAACGCGGAGUGUACUACAAUCAACCAUUCACCCACAUGUGCUUGUAUUAAUGGAUAUACAGGUGACCCAAAUAGACGAUGCAAUCUAGUUCCAAUCACAGCAAUAACAACUGCCAUUUGUCAACCAAACCCGUGCGGCCCAUACAGCCAAUGUAAGAAUAUAAAUAACCAAGCAGUCUGUAGUUGUUUGCUCAACUCCGUUGGUGAGCCGCCUAAUUGUAGACCUGAAUGUUUGAUUAAUUCUGAAUGCUCGUCAAAUUUAGCGUGUGUUAACCAAAAAUGUAUAAACCCUUGUCCCGAAACUUGCGGAGUGAAGUCAGAAUGUCGGGUGAUACACCAUAAUGCAAUAUGUAGCUGUAUUCAAGGUUUCACUGGAGAUCCCUUCACAAGGUGCUACAAAAAACCAGUCGAAAUACAACAACAAGAUGAAACCAAAGAUCCAUGUCUUCCUAGCCCGUGUGGCGCGAACGCGGAAUGCCGAGUAAUUUUUGGACAAGCUUCGUGUUCAUGUACAGCGGGAUAUUUAGGUAGCCCUCCUAACUGUAGGCCAGAGUGUGUAACUAAUGAGGAUUGUAUAAGUUCUCUAGCCUGCAUAAAUGAGAAAUGUAUAGAUCCCUGUCCUGGUUCUUGUGGACAAAAUGCCAAAUGCACUGUCAAUAAACAUUUGUCGAUCUGCACAUGCUUAGACGGCUAUGCAGGGGAUUCGUUUACAUCAUGUCACUUACAACCACUGCGAGGCUUCUCUGGGAAUGCAUUCGUAGCCUGCAAUCAGGUUCAAGGUAACUAG